CUAUUAUGCUAGCAUAUGGGCCAUCUUUCCGGCCCGUCUGACACGGUAAAUGGAGAAGCUUCCCACGAGCUCCACGAGUACAAUGCCCGAGGGCAUUACCAUCUAUGAGCGAGGAACGGGACCAUGGAUGGAAACUGGGGCAUCCUUACUUGAUUUGGAUCUUGAGCACCCGACAAAAUCCUUCCUUAUAUUCUCAAAACGCCAAACUCUGAAUGAGACGAAGUAUCUGCGCCUCUUUACGGAUGAAUUUCAGCCUCUUAUUAGUAAGGACAUCAACGGGUCUUUGUUUUGUGACGAUGUUCUCGACGAGAACGACAAGCCUAUCAAGCACGUCUCCUGGGCUUGUUAUAAGAUAAAACACGUCCGCGAUCCUCAUACUUACGAAUGGAUCCAAACUACCGUCUUUGUAACCUGGUAUCCGGAAACCCAGAUCCAAGUCGUAUUUAUUGUCGACCAUCCAGACCCGCCCAGUAAGUUGGUUGCUAUCCUACCCCCGACUCAGGCAAACAACAACCCGUAUGUUUGGCAUGCUGUAAUUGCCAAUACCAUGGUCGGUGUCUAUGAUCAUUCUUUCUGGGCGCUUCGAGAUCUAGUGCGCACCACUGAGAAGUCGAGAGUUGAUGUUAAGAGCCUGACCCCCGACUUUUUCCCUCAUUUACACGAUAUCGCACGGCAUGUCUUUCACUCAAACGAGACCCUCGAGGUCGCUGAACAUACCAUGCAAUGCCUGGUGGAAGAGCAGGCGCGCUCCUACGAGCUGUAUUCCAGUAUCAACAAGGGCGAAUGGCUCCAGAAUAAACGGAACCUCCUCCGACGGGCCAAGGACUUUCACUCACUGAAGAUCCGAAGCCGAUCGCUCUCAGAGCGGUUACACAACGAGAUUAACUUGGGCUUCAACCUCGUCUCCCAACGAUUCGGCCACGACGCCAAGUCCGACAGCGCAAUGAUGAGAACGGUUGCCAUCGUCAGUAUGGUAUAUCUACCGGGAACAUUUGUAUCGGGCCUAUUCGGGACGAAUUUCUUUGAUUACGAAAAUGGAAACGAAGUCAUGACCAGUUCAUUUUGGAUCUAUUGGGCCAUUACUAUCCCGUUGACUCUGAUCACGAUGUUUGUCUGGGCGUGUUGGCAUUAUUAUCCGAGGAAGAAGGUGGUGGGGGAAGAAAGACAACGAAUGAUGACGUUUAAUGGGUCACAGGUUUGAUCAUCUUGUCUAUCUUGGGUAUAGUUCAUGUGUAGAUGUGAUAUGAGUUACG